CUCUGCAGUCACUUCCAGCGGCGGCUGGCUGGCAAUGCUGCACGGGCAUCGGGCUCAGUUGGUGUUCCGGUUUCGGGUUGUGUUGUCAGUUGCCUUCUGCCUCCAUGCACAGCAGCUGAGGGAUUGAGCGGUUGAACGGUUGAGCGGUUGAGAGUGUGUCCAUCAGAGUCGGGAGUCGCGGCGCGUUGCCCGUGGUCGCAUUCGCAUAAGCAUUCGCAUCCCGUAUCCGUAUCCGUCUCCGUAUCCGUGUGUCCUCCAUCGACAUGCAUCGCACAAAUAAUGGAUGUCAGAACUAAAACCAAACUAAAAACAUAAAUUAACAAGCUAUAUAUAUUCGAUAUUUUAUACUAAGCAAUAUUUCAUUUGAUUGAGUGAGAACCACACGAAAAUAAAAGAUAUACAAGUUCAGUAAAUUAAAUUUCGAAAAUAAAAAAACCAAGAAAUGUGAAAAUACUCGAAACAUAACCCGAAAACUUGACACAUUUUUUAUCAACAACGUUGGAGAGUCGGAAAAGGGAAAUUUACAAAACCCAUAAUAUUAAUACAAAAAAAAAACUGAAGAAAAAACAAUUUAAACCUCUAAUACAACCCAAAUAAGUAAACCAAUUUGGGGUUCAAAAACGCACAAGAUUGAUUAAUUAAAAUUACAUUUAACAAUAAAUUAACAAGUAAGUCGAACCAAACCAAGCUCGAUUGGCUGAAGAAAACACUUAAGAUCCAUUUAAAAAUUAGAACGAAUAAUAAUGAAGUAAGAAAACUAAUCAAUUCAGAACAAAACUCGUAAAACACAUGAGCAUAUUCCAAUAUUCGUAUCCAUUCGCAAUAAAACAUUACUAAGACGUAAGCUAGUUGCAUUGACUUCAUUAGUUAUACAAGAUGGUGGUUUGAUAGACGAUUUGAAAUAAAUUUUAAAAUACAACGCCCGAAACCGAUCAAGUUUAAUCAGCAAGCAUAACUGGAAUCUUUAUAGUAACAAAUAAUAUUCAUCUAGAUCAACUAAAUAUUUACAUAAUAAUUCGGAAAUAUUUUGAUGGGAAAAGUAACUGAAGAGACGAAACACUUGUACACACAAUAAGGAGGAAGUCGCUCAAGUCAAUAGAAAUCGAAUGCUAACAAGCACUGCCAUAUACCACAACUGAAUGCGAGGAUUAAAAUAGUAGUCGAACUCUCAAUGUUUGUAUUGAGACCGAACAUAGAAUAAAGAAGCCAUUUUAGGAGAGGAAAACCACUUUUGAAGACCACUGACCAGGAAAUGAAAGCGAAAAGGGUAACCGGAACAGCAACAGAAUCUUAGGAACCUGUACUCUUAAUAGAAGAACCAUACAAUUAUCUAAAAUAGUGAUUUGUAAAGCUUAACGUCUCUCCCAGGGAGAAGGAACAUUUUCGGAGACGAGCGGAGAAAGCAGAGCUGGGGAAAACUUUUAUAGAAGAAAGCACAUAAAAAGAAUGGAAAGAAGCUCUUCGGGUUGUAAAGAAAACAAGAAGACAAAGGAACAAAAUGCAUAAUAAUGUUGCAAACAAUAAAAAAUAAACUUGCCAUAUGAAUAUAAAGGAAUCACGUUGAAAGACGGUGAAAAUUUCAUAAGAUUAGAGAGUAUUAAGGCGGACACAACAAAGGGACUUAAACCCUAUCCCGAAAAAGACAAUGUAAGCUGCAGCAGCUGGAUAAGGCCAAAAAAAUCCGAAAAUUAAAUUAUUGUAGUCUAGUUGGGAGUGAGCGAAGGCAGACAACAUAUCCGCUGGCAACAACAAACACCGAAAGAGACUAUGAAAAAUGCACAACUGAAACUGACUGAAGUUGACGAUGACGAGCUGUGGCUGGCAGUUAGAUUACCAAGCAGCAACAGCACCAGCAACACCAACACCAAAAGCAGAAGCAGCAGCAGCAGCAGCAAUGAUAACAACGGCAACCAGAAUAACCAACAGAAGCAGCCAACACAACUGCAACCAAGGAGCUUAAGUACAAAACACCACAGCAACAUUGCCCAAAAUCAGAAGACAAAGCACUAUGUAGCCACAGGCUCCAACCAAGUCAGCAGAAAUGAGCAGCAUCCACGGCUAGAAAGCAACAUGUUGUCGCCAGAGACGGACAGGGCUGCAACAACCCAACAACCAACAAACAUAAGACUGGGCGCACGCAAGCGACAAAGAUUGCGUCGGCGACGAAAAAGAAAACCAGCAGUUACAGCAGCAACAUCAAGUGAGGCCAGUGCAACAUCAGUAGCAGCAUCAACCACUAGCAAUAGCAGCAGCAAUCUGUGCCCGACAGCCACCUACAUGCAAUGUCGCACCAGCGACAACAAAGUCAGCAAUCCGAGAUCAAAACAGGACUUGUCCUCGGCCACUCUCUCGUGUCUGUGGCUGCUGCAGUUUCAAGUGCAGCAUCGAGUGGCAUUCCUGAUUAGAGGGAUCGUGAUCAGCACCACCGCCUUCAUUUCCUAUCUAGGCAGCACGGCAUCUCAUCUGCAGAGGAAUCGCAGGAGCAACAUUUGCAGCACCCACAAUAGUCAUCACAGCAACAGCAACAGCAGCAGCAACAGCAACAGCAGUAGCACGCAAAUAAUUAACGGACUUAAUAAACACUCAUGGAUAUUUUUAUUGAUAUAUUUGAAUUUAUCUGCUAAAGUUUGCCUAGCAGGAUAUCAUGAAAAGAGACUGUUACAUGAUCUUUUGGAUCCUUAUAAUACACUAGAACGUCCUGUUCUUAAUGAAUCGGACCCGUUACAAUUAAGCUUUGGUUUAACUUUAAUGCAAAUUAUCGAUGUGGACGAGAAAAAUCAAUUGCUGGUCACGAAUGUGUGGCUGAAACUGGAGUGGAACGACAUGAAUCUGCGCUGGAACACCUCGGACUAUGGCGGCGUUAAGGAUCUGCGCAUCCCGCCGCACCGCAUCUGGAAGCCGGACGUGCUGAUGUACAACAGUGCGGAUGAGGGAUUCGACGGGACAUACCAGACCAACGUGGUUGUGCGGAACAACGGGUCCUGCCUGUACGUGCCGCCCGGUAUCUUCAAAUCGACCUGCAAGAUCGACAUCACGUGGUUCCCCUUCGACGACCAGCGGUGCGAGAUGAAGUUCGGCAGCUGGACCUACGACGGAUUCCAGCUGGAUUUACAAUUACAAGAUGAAACUGGCGGUGAUAUCAGCAGUUACGUGCUCAACGGCGAGUGGGAACUACUGGGUGUGCCUGGCAAACGUAACGAAAUCUAUUACAACUGCUGCCCGGAACCCUAUAUAGAUAUCACUUUUGCCAUCAUCAUUCGCCGACGGACGCUGUACUAUUUCUUCAACCUGAUCAUACCUUGUGUGCUGAUUGCCUCGAUGGCCCUGCUGGGAUUCACCCUGCCACCGGAUUCGGGUGAAAAAUUAUCGCUGGGUGUUACCAUCUUGCUCUCCUUGACCGUGUUUCUAAAUAUGGUUGCCGAGACAAUGCCGGCCACUUCCGACGCAGUGCCAUUACUGGGUACAUAUUUCAAUUGCAUAAUGUUUAUGGUAGCUUCAUCCGUUGUGUCAACGAUUUUAAUAUUAAAUUAUCAUCAUCGAAAUGCUGAUACGCACGAAAUGUCCGAAUGGAUACGCAUCGUAUUUCUAUGCUGGCUGCCAUGGAUACUACGAAUGAGCCGGCCGGGAAGGCCACUGAUCCUGGAGUUCCCGACCACGCCCUGCUCGGACACGUCCUCCGAACGCAAGCAUCAGAUACUCUCCGAUGUUGAGCUGAAAGAGCGCUCAUCCAAGUCCCUGCUGGCCAAUGUUCUGGACAUCGAUGAUGAUUUCCGUCACAAUUGUCGCCCCAUGACGCCCGGCGGAACACUGCCCCACAACCCAGCUUUCUAUCGCACGGUUUAUGGACAAGGCGACGAUGGCAGCAUUGGACCUAUUGGCAGCACCCGAAUGCCAGAUGCGGUCACCCAUCACACGUGCAUCAAAUCAUCAACAGAAUAUGAACUAGGCUUAAUCCUGAAGGAAAUUCGCUUUAUAACUGAUCAGCUACGUAAAGAUGACGAGUGCAAUGACAUUGCCAAUGAUUGGAAAUUUGCAGCUAUGGUCGUUGACAGACUGUGCCUUAUCAUAUUCACAAUGUUCACAAUAUUAGCCACAAUAGCUGUACUACUAUCAGCACCACAUAUUAUUGUCUCGUAGCCAUAUGGGCGAGGUGGUUAUUGUUAUUGGUUUUAUUAUAAAAUCAAUUUGUUAAUUAUUAAAUUAAUAACGAAACUGUUUAAGUAAAUGAAAACAAGCAAAAAAAAAACAAAAAACUUUACAAAACCCUCACAAAAAAAUAGUAAAACUCAUAAUAUAAAAACUUUUUGACUAAAUAAUACAACUAAAAAAACAAAAACAAAAAAAAAACCCAAAAAACUAAACAAAAAAAUUAAAAGAAGUUUAAAAUUUGUCUCUAAAAACACAAUAAUUUAAAUAUAUAACUCUCCUUAAAAUGUCUUUCAUAAAAAUCAAACAUACACUGAAAGAGACUUAAACAUCAUAUACUAAAUCAUUCAAGCUAACUUAUUCCAAUUUUCCUAAAUCUAAAACAAAAAAUUUAACAAAAAUUAAACAAAAAACCCCUAAGCUUUCCCCACAAAAUCCCCCAAAACAAAACUCACUCACUUCCCCCCAAUCCUACUUAGCUAUGUUUCUUCCACUAAAUAUAUAUAUACGAAUAUAUAUGUUUGACAAACAUGCAAAACGGGUAUAUUUUCUUUUUAAAAUUUUAUAUUUUAUAGGAUAAGUGAGAGAAGUUUUCAUAAAAUAGACAGACGGAUUUUCGAAAUUUUUUUUUCGACAUACUUCUAAGCGAAUUGCAGUAUUUUAAUGGCAACACAAAACCUGUCCCCUGAUCUUUAGUUUGUGAGCUUUAUAGAGAAAUAAUGUAGUUGAAAACUUUCCAAUAUUUAUAUGACAUGAAAUGACAUCCCAACGUUUUUGGAUCUGCAAGCAAAUAGUUGAUUUUUGAACCCUCUUGAGAGUUGAAGUGAGUCCAGGGAUUUGUUCCAAACCGUUUUUGCUACGAUUAGUACCUAGAACAAUUAAGAGAUUCCACGAAAUUCCCUCUCUAGAGUCUAGACAGAACUGCAUUUCCGAAACACAGAACCAAUUAACCCAACAUAUCCUCUACUGAGUACAUCUAGUUCCCCUUCCCAAACUUAAAUUCAUUUAAAUACGUAUCAUAAAUCCAAAACCAAAGCAAAAACCUAAAAAUAUCCCAAAAACCCUGUAAGCUUACCAAAACCAAUAGAAUAACCAAUCUAAAUUGGAAUUACAAACGAUCAAAGAAUUACUAUAUGAUGGAAAACAUAGUGAUGGAGAAUAAUGAAUAAUGAAAAUUGAAUUGAAAUUGAAAGAAGAAAUAUACAAUUAAAUCUUUAUUAACGGGAAGGCAGAGUAAAUGAGCCCAGAAUCGCGUUGGUAAAUUAAAUGUCUCCGAAGGACCGCAUUUCAUUCUAACCGACGUAGCACGAGACAACGGAAUUUUGAAAUUUGAAUGGUUGCGAGCAAUAAUAUCUGCGUGUUGAUGAAUUGCAUGAUUUUUUGGUGAUGCAAACGAUGAUCGAACGAGCUAUUGUACGAGAGCCUAGGCAGCGGGCAAGAGUUCGUUCCUUCAACGCAUUGAGAACAGCGAUCCUAUAUACAGUCUAACUUUCGGUAUUGAUUUCACUCGUUUUGUAAUUUGUUUUAGCUAUCGAAAUGCGAAUACUCAAAGUUAAAACACUGUAAGACACCAGAAAGCAAUUCACAAACAAGAUCACAAACAAAUAUAUGAUCGAGGGAGAGACAAACAAUUACUCGAUAUUUACCAAUAACAAUGAACAUCACUAGACCCUGUAACACAUAACAUGCCGGUGCAUGGGUAAUUAUGUGCUUGCUUAAGUAUAGAGUGCACAAAACAUACUAGAUCACAGACCACAACAACCAAAACAUAUAAACCAAGGAGCUUUAUACAGAUAUAUACUAUAUAUAUGAUCGAGUUGGGCGAUAUCCGAGCAACUCAACGUUUCGUAUAUCUGUAAACCACAAAAUCCACACAAACACUCAAGUCCAGACAGAAAGUAUGACUAUUGUUCUAUACAAGGAUAUAAUCUUGCAGUAUGUUACUGUCCGCUAACUUUCCAAGCACACAAUUUCUGCCACAAAACAAGAUAUACAAGCACUAAAAAUCUUAAAAAUUACCACUGCCUGGGAACUGAACACGGAAGUGUAAGGGACCAGAUGGAGUAUAUAAUUCGAAAUAGCCUUCUAGAAGUAUGAUUUUUGAGAAAAGGCGGCCAAAAUACUCCACUUAGUCCUUGCAAUACUUCUCAUAACAGAUCCCAAUGGCGAAAAAAAAUAUUAAAGUCAGCAAUACCUACUUUGACAAAUUUCACACUAACUUUUCUUUCCACUCCGAAGCAAAGAAAACGUUCGAAAUGAAAUUAGCUUUAUAAUUUUUAAGUUACAGUUAUUCUGCUUCUAAUUGUAAAUCUUGUGCAAUGUAAACAAUCAGAAUUUUUCUUUGAAUAUAAACAAAAUGAAAACAACAAUACAUAAGCAAUCGAACAUAUAGAUCACAGUAAAGAAUAAAAAUAUGUCAAAAAUAAAUAACGGAAGGUAAUCGAAAGGUACGAUUAGUAAAUAACUAUGUCAUUCAAAUUAGACUAGGCUACACAAAAAAUACCAUAAACUGUAUGUAUUUGAGGACUCUCUCCGAAGAGCUACAAGAAAUCGAUUGGACAAGCUUGCAAUAGUUUUACACGAAAUCAUUUAAUAUAAUGGGAAUGACAAGCAAAUCGAAGAACCGAAAAUAUUGAAUGGAAAUCAUUUUUUGUUUAGUUCUUUCCUAAUUUCUCUAGCAAAAAAAUAUACUCAGAGAUUUUGUAUGACAUACUGUACAAAUUUCUGAUUAAACUUACUACAUUUUCGGUUAAUUUAUUUUUGAAUGGCUUGAAUUAGGACGAAUAAGAUUUAGCUUUUGAUAAACGAUUGAAAGUGUAAAAUAAAAUGAGAACUUGAAAUAUUUUGAAAGGUGAAAUUCUUUUUAAAUUUUGUUGAGUGCCCACAAGAUGUCAAAAGCCAGUAGGAAAGCAAGUGGGUUUUUCUUAAUCUUUUGAUACAAAUAUUUUUUAUUUUGUAUACUUUUCCGAUACUUACGAAUGUCAGUGAGAACUCUUAACGAUAGAUUUCAAUCCUAAUGCUUAAGAAAAUGUAACAAAUAAUAAUAGUGAACAUAGAAAACAAGCUGCCAGCAUGAAAAAUAAAAACAAUAACUAAUUUUAAAUAUUUUAUACAUUUCCAUCAAUUGUGCUUAUUUAAUGCAAAACAAAAUGAAUGAAAAGAGGAAACCCAACUGAAAUAGCUGAUGAAAGUUUUCCAAUAGCAAUCAAUAACUGGAUCAUGUUCGACACUCACAUAGCUGAUGUUGGAUACUAGUUUUCAUAUAAGCAAUUUUUAAAGAAGAUGUCACCACAGUAAUAAAUAUAUAGGAAAUAGUAAGGCUCUAUAGGCUGCAAAAAUUAAUCGAAAGAAUUGUUCACAGCCAGGCUUCUGAGCAAGUUGAUUGAGAUGGAACUAAUAAAGUUUAAUGCAUAAAACGAAAGUUUGGAGGACGAUUAGUUCAUCAAACAUGACACACAAGUAUACAUAUAUGUAAUAUGCGUACAUAUAUUAUAUAUAUGUGCACUCUCAAAGGCGUAUAUAUAUACAUAUAUAUAUCUAUAUGAGUAUGUAUGUGCGGGCAUAUAUGUAUGUAUACUUCUUUUUAACACUGACAAAAAAGUAUAUAUAUGGAUACAUCGCAUACUAUGUAAUAAAAUAAAAAUAAAAUAUUUGAAGCAAAUGAUGAAAAUUUUUCCUACAACUAGUUGCAUUUAAAUGAAUUUUAAAAAAAUAUACAUAAAAGGAUAUAUUUAUUAAAAACUAAAAACCAAAAAAAAAAAAAAACAAAGAAAACAAAAUAAAUAAAACACAAAUCCAAAAUCCUUUCUCUACUGAAUAAAAACACAUUACACUUUAAAUUAAUAUUAAACUAGUCAUUUAAAUGGGGUUCAAUGAAUACCAAGCAAGAUCAAGCAAAAUGAAAUUGUAACCUAGUAAAUAUUUAAAUUAAAAUAAUUUUAAAAAGUGAAAAAGAAACAAAGAAAUAGCAAAAAAUAAAGCGCUGAUUUUUUAUGUCGUUAUUAGUAUUUAAAUUUAAAUAAUUGCAUAUACAUAAUACAUAAUUAAAUGAAAAACAAAAAAAAAA